GGGGCGGGGUCGAGCUUCCUGCCCCGCCCCUCUAGAUCCUCGUUCUUAGGCACGAGUCUCGCGGCCACAGCAACGGCCCCUCGGAGGUGGCCGGACAGAAUCCCGACGGUCGGACCAACGACAGGGUCCCAGCGAGCAGGGCGGAUGGAUACCUUCAGCACCAAGAGCCUGGCCCUGCAGGCCCAGAAGAAGCUCCUGAGCAAGAUGGCAUCCAGGGCGGUGGCAGGGGCCUUCAUCGACGACGCGAGCAGCGAGGUGCUGGAUGAGCUGUACCGCGCCACCAAGGAGUUCACCCGCAGCCGCAAGGAGGCCCAGAAGGUGGUCAAGAACCUGGUCAAGGUGGCCGUGAAGCUGGGCGUCCUGCUGCGCGCCGGGCAGCUGGGCGGCGAGGACUUCCACCAGGUGGACUUCACCUUCGACCGGCGCGUGCUGGCCGCCGCCCUGCUCGAGUGCCGGGACCUGCUGCACCAGGCGGCCGGCCCGCACCUGACCGCCAAGUCCCACGGCCGCAUCAACCACGUGUUCGGCCACUUUGCCGACUGCGACUUCCUGGCCGCGCUCUACGGCCCCACCGAGCCCUACCGCUCCCACCUGCACAGGAUCUGCGAGGGCCUCAGCAGGAUGCUGGAUGAGGACAGCAUUUGACCUCCGCCCUCUGGCUGCUGCGGGCUUCCCGCUGGGGGCGGGGCUUGCGGGGUUUUUUUAACCUCUUUUCUUCCAGUCUGACUCUGGCCAAACACCCUGUCCCCACCCCCCCACACAGAGGUGACACGUCCCCUCCUCGGAGGACUCUGCAGCUCUAAGGACCCCAACGCCUCUCCUCUGGCCCAGUCUCCUGGGGAGCGCUCAGCGCCGAGCCCGGCACAGCCCGCUGUGUGCGCUGCCUUCCCCUGCGCCGAGACCGCUGCCUGCCUGGUUGCCUGUCCGAGCAACAGCCCUGAGUGACUGGCCUGUAACCCUCAAAUCACCUGGUGUCUCUGAAAGCUGGUGGCUUCCCGCUUAAUAAUGCUGCCUGGGCCUUUUCAUUCCUCCAGAGAGGGUCAUGGUGGAGCGGGACAAAGGGAGUGUUGUGGAGUGGGCUGUCCCCCAACCCCUCCGAAUUCCUAACCCUCAGGACCUCUGAAUAUGACCUGAUUUGGAAGUAAGGUGAUUGUAGAUUUAAUUAGUUAAGAUGAGUUCAUACUGGAGCAGCGUGGGCCGCUGACCCUUAUGACUGGUGUCCUUAUAAGAAGGGGGCAAGUAGACACAGACACAGAGGAGAAUGCUAUGUGAAGAUGGAGGCAGAAACUGGAGGGAUGUGUCUACAAGAAAAAGAACACCACGGAUUGCCAGCAACCCCUAGAAGCUGGGAGAGAGCCUGGAACAUACCUCAGAGGGAACCAGCCCGGCCGACACCUUGGUCUCAGACUUCUGGCCUCCAGAGCUGAGAGUGAACAAGCUUCCGUUGUUCCAGCCUCCCAGGCUGGGGGAGCCGUUCUGCAGCCCAGGAAAGGAACUCAGGGAGCCGUGGCAAGGGCUGUGGUGGGUGCAGGCACGGCAGCACGGACGCCGCCUCCAUUUAUUUGGCUGGAGACGCAGCCUUGCCUCCCACGUGGGAGGGGACGGAGCACCCACCCACGCAGGGCACAAGGGGAAAGCCAUCUGAGAUGCGUGCACGUUUUGAAACAACCAUUUCACAUUUGGAAAAUACACACACACAUAACGGUUUCUGUAAGACAGACCUCAGAAAACACAGCUCAACAAAUCUUGGCUUCAGCGACACCCAGCAGAUACGGCGAUUCUUAACCUGGGGCGUGGAUGGACACGUGGGGGUGUGGGAGCGCAUUUGCCGUUUGUUUGUCAGAAGUGGGGAGUGGGUUUUAAAAGACUGAAGAACAUGGCUGCAGGCCUGGCCGUGUCAGGGCCGGGAAGGCUAUUCUGGGCACCCUUAGGGGAGAGGGAAAUGAUGUCCCAGGACUGUUUUUGCAGAUCCUGGUCUGUUUAGGGCAAAAGCUGCAAACAGGAGGCCUGCAGGCCUCAUUAGGAGAGAGAAGGUGAGUCUGCUUGGCCCCAUCCGGUGUUUUGAGACAUUUGGAAUUAGUUGCCAACACUUAAAACCAAGGAAAUUGCACAUACCAAUCUAGAUCUGGAGUUUCUCUAGAAAACUCGCCUGCACUGCCCACUGGUGAGGCUGCAUAGAGGCUGCCCCUCUUUGCUUUGCCACAGUCGCCACCACUCCCUUUGGCCUCUCCACCGCAUGCUGGGCUGGCUGAUAGACUAGGACCCCAGAUUCAGGGCAGCAUUUCUCUGGUUUCUGCUGCCCUGAAAAAGCCAAAAGGCUUUCACCCAAGUGCCAGCCAUUCCUCCCUCUGCCCUCCACGUCUAAGGCAGACUUCCCCCAUUAUCUUUGGUCAAGAGACACAAAUUCAAAUUCAACAACAAACAUGCAUUUUGAAUACCCCGAGAAGUCCCAGGUGAACUCCUUUGCCCUCUGCUCUGCUGAGCAACAUCCACGUGCCCAAGGCUCACACUUGUUCCCUAUCCAGCCUGCCUCAACUCUUCAUACAUGAAAUUUAAUUUAAAUAAAAGCCAAAGAGCACUAAAGAACUAUGUAAA